AGCAACUUGAGCAUAUGUUGUUUGUGUUGACUUCCAUGGCAAACAGGAUUUAAGUACAUGGAUCUGGAUUUCCUUAAUCUCAAAUUUGACGAUUUAAGCCAAGUUCAAACAACCAAAAUUAUCAUAGAAUCACUCUUGAAGAUAACCCAAACAAAGCUCCCAAGCAACAAUCCAUCCAGAUAUUACACUUCUCCUCUUUCCUUCAACAUGGACAUGGUCAAUCCCUCCGAGGUUCCACCAACCCAAAUGGCAAUGGCUUCACAAAAUCACCAGCCUCACUUUGUGCUGAUACCAUUGAUGUCCCCAGGCCACCUUAUACCCAUGGUAGACAUGGCCAAAUUGCUGGCACAGCAUGGCUUGAUAGUCACCAUAGUCACCACCCCCCUUAACACCAUCCGAUUCAAAACCACCGUCGAUCGUGCCAUUGAAUCGGGCUGUCAGAUCAGACUUCUGGACCUUAAACUCCCAGUGGUCGAGACCGGCUUGCCGGAGGGAUGUGAAAACAUGGACUCACUCCCAUCACGAAAAUUGAUCAAGAACUUCUUUGUUGCUUCAAGUAUGUUACAGCAACCAUUUGAACGAGUGUUUGAUGAGUUACAACCCCGUCCGAGUUGCAUAAUUUCCGGCAAGAAUCUACCAUGGACUGUUGAGACUGCUCGGAAGUUUCACAUUCCAAGGCUGUUUUUUGAUGGGAUGAGCUGCUUUGCUUUUGUUUGUACAAACAAUCUGGAAAUGUCUAAAAUUCAUGAGGGUGGCUCCAACUUUGAUCCCUUUGUAGUACCUGGCUUGCCUCAUCAAAUUGAGUUGACAAAAAGGCAGCUACCGGAAUCCUUGAAUCCCGGCUCGCCGGACUUGACGGACGUCCGGAACAAACUGACAGCAGCUGAUUCCGUAGCAGAUGGGAUUAUCGUCAAUACAUUUGAGGAGUUGGAAUCAGAAUAUGUCAGAGAAUAUAGAAUUGCCAAAGGAGUCAAGGUCUGGUGUGUUGGCCCUGUUUCAGCCUGCAAUAAGUUGAACUUAGACCAGGCUGAAAGAGGCAAUAAGGCCUCCGUGGAUGAAAACCAAUGCCUGAAUUGGCUCGACGCUCGGGAGCCAAACUCUGUAAUAUAUGCCUGUCUUGGAAGUAUUUCUGGCCUCACAGCUUCACAACUUAGAGAGCUCGGAUUAGGCUUGGAAGCAUCAAACCAGUCUUUCAUGUGGGUAAUAAGAGGGGGAGAGAAAUCACAGGAGUUGGAGAAAUGGAUUAUGGAGGAGAGAUUUGAAGAGAGGACAAGAGGGAGAGGCCUAGUGAUCCGCGGUUGGGCACCUCAAGUACUCAUCUUAUCGCAUCCAUCAAUUGGAGGGUUCUUAAGUCACUGCGGUUGGAAUUCAGUGCUUGAAGGUGUUUGUGCCGGGGUGGCAAUGAUAACCUGUCCCCUGUUUGCUGAGCAGUUUAUUAAUGAAAAGUUGGUGGUGGAAGUAUUGGGCAUUGGUGUGAGUGUGGGGGUUGAGGCUGCUGUCACCUGGGGAAUGGAAGAGAGUUUCGGAUUGGUGAUGAAAAGAGACGAUGUGAAGAAGGCAAUAGAAAGGGUAAUGGAUAAAGGAGAGGAAGGAAAGAAGAGAAGAGAAAAGGCAAGACAGGUUGGAAAGAUGGCAAGACAGGCUAUAGAUGAAGGGGGGUCUUCUUACCUUAACAUGAAAACAUUAAUCCAAGACAUCAUGCAGCAAACUAAUACUUGACAGACAUUUAUAAUUCACUUUCUCACUUUCUGUUUUUAUUCAUAUGAUUAUGAAGAAUGUUUUAACCAAACUCUGAAUGAGAAUUUGAAUUCUAAGUUCUGUUGCAUGUUUUUUGUACCU